GACUCAACUCCACAACAAACAAACCCCCAAAUUUUGGCGCCCGCAUAACUUAUUUUGAACACAUCCACCUUCUCCUUUUCUCCCGCUCUCUUUCUCUCAUCUCAAGUGAACUCUCUCCGACGAUCCAGGCGGAAAUGGAGCAGCAGCAGCAAAGGAACCAGAACUUGGCGCAUGAACAGCAACACGAGGAGAACGGCCCUAUCCCCGUUGAGCUGCUACAGGAAUCGGGUAUAGCCUCCGUUGAUGUGAAGAAGCUAAAAGAAGCUGGUCUAUGUACAGUCGAGUCAGUUGCAUACUCUCCUAGGAAAGAACUACUGCAAAUUAAAGGAAUCAGUGAAGCUAAAGUUGACAAGAUCAUUGAAGCAGUUUCCAAAUUGGUCCCGCUUGGUUUUACGAGUGCCAGUGAACUUCAUGUCCAGAAGUUGAACUUAGUUCAGAUCACAUCAGGGUCAAGAGAUCUAGACAAGAUCUUGGAAGGGGGCAUUGAGACAGGAUCCAUUACCGAGUUAUAUGGUGAAUUUCGCUCUGGAAAGACUCAGCUCUGCCACACGCUUUGUGUCACCUGCCAACUUCCAUUUGACCAAGGGGGUGGUGAAGGAAAGGCUAUGUAUAUCGAUGCUGAAGGAACAUUCAGGCCACAGAGACUACUUCAGAUAGCAGAGAGGUAUGGACUAAAUGGUGCUGAUGUCUUGGAAAAUGUGGCUUAUGCACGAGCGUAUAACACGGAUCACCAGUCACGGCUUUUGCUUUCAGCAGCUUCCAUGAUGGUGGAAAGUAGAUUUGCUCUUAUGAUAGUAGACAGUGCUACAGCAUUGUAUAGAACGGACUUCUCUGGCAGAGGCGAAUUGUCUGCUCGCCAAAUGCAUCUUGCCAAGUUCCUUAGGAGUCUUCAGAGGAUGGCUGAUGAGUUUGGGGUAGCUGUGGUGAUUACAAACCAAGUAGUUGCACAAGUAGAUGGCUCCGCCAUUUUCGCUGGGCCGCAAAUCAAGCCUAUAGGUGGUAACAUCAUGGCACAUGCUUCGACAACUAGGCUUGCUCUUCGGAAGGGAAGAGGAGAAGAACGCAUCUGUAAAGUGAUAAGCUCUCCUUGUUUAGCAGAAGCUGAAGCACGGUUUCAGAUCUCCCCGGAAGGUGUAACUGAUGUUAAGGAUUGAUAUGCUCUGCUUCCUGCGAUGCUGUAAUUCUUUUGGCUAGGCUAGAAAGUAACAAUCUCUAAAGUAGGAAAUAUGUCAAGCAACAUGGGAAGCAGCUUGCUUUGCUUUGUAGAAAAUGCUGCUUUGGUAGACUAAUAAUUGGGUGUUGAAAAACGUUUCUCAUAACCUUGGGUUGAGUGGGCUAUUGAUCUUCAUCUAGUGUUUCCAAACAAGAAGCACAAGUAACCAAUAACUACUAAAUGCAGUUCACAGAAACAAAUUAUUGAAAAAUGG